UGCCGCCAGUUCCCCAUGAGUUCAGCAUUGGGAACUGGAGUGCCACAGCACACCGAAGCUACCAAGUAUGAUGCUGUUCCAAUCCAGUCGAGUGUGGUUAUAUGUUCCUGCCCAUCCCCAUCAAUGGUGAGGAACCAGACAGAUUCCAGCACUCCAUCUGUCAUUACCACCUGUGGCAGCAGACAAGGGUCUAACAUGGAGGGAACUGCAGCUGAAUCAAGGUCUAGUUCAAACUCCCUACAGCAACAUUCAGGACAACAGCCUCCACAGCCUCGAAAAAAACGACGUGAGGAUUUCAAAUUUGGGAAAAUUCUGGGUGAAGGAUCUUUCUCAACAGUUGUCUUGGCUCGAGAAUUGGCAACUUCCAGAGAAUAUGCCAUUAAAAUUCUAGAAAAACGUCAUAUCAUAAAAGAAAAUAAGGUCCCCUAUGUGACCAGAGAGAGAGAUGUAAUGUCCCGUCUGGAUCACCCUUUCUUUGUGAAACUCUACUUCACGUUUCAGGAUGAUGAAAAGCUGUAUUUUGGACUUAGCUAUGCCAAAAAUGGAGAGCUUUUAAAAUAUAUUCGCAAAAUUGGCUCAUUUGAUGAGACCUGUACCAGGUUUUAUGCUGCUGAAAUUGUAUCAGCAUUAGAGUACUUGCAUGGAAAGGGAAUAAUUCACAGGGACCUUAAGCCAGAGAACAUUUUGCUAAAUGAAGAGAUGCACAUUCAAAUAACAGACUUUGGAACAGCAAAAGUAUUAUCUGCAGAUAGUAGACAAGCACGAGCAAACUCAUUUGUAGGGACAGCGCAAUACGUUUCUCCGGAAUUAUUGACAGAAAAAUCUGCCUGCAAAAGUUCUGACCUCUGGGCUCUUGGAUGUAUAAUAUACCAGCUUGUAGCCGGAUUGCCACCAUUUAGAGCUGGCAAUGAAUAUCUUAUAUUUCAGAAGAUAAUUAAGUUGGAAUAUGACUUCCCAGAAAAAUUCUUCCCCAAGGCAAAAGACCUUGUGGAAAAGCUUUUGGUUCUGGAUGCUACAAAGAGAUUAGGCUGUGAAGAAAUGGGAGGGUAUGGACCUCUUAAGGCUCAUCCAUUCUUUGAAUCCAUUACAUGGGAGAAUCUGCAUCAUCAGAUACCCCCAAAGCUCACAGCAUAUUUACCCGCUAUGUCCGAAGACGAUGAGGAUUGUUAUGGAAAUUACGACAAUCUCCUGAGUCAGUUUGGUUGCAUGCAAGUUUCUGGUUCGGCAUCCUCCCAUUCACUGUCUGCCCCAGAGACAAGUCACCCACAAAUAUCAGGGAACAUAGAACAGUACAUUCACGAUCUUGACAAUAAUUCCUUUGAGUUGGACUUGCAGUUUUCUGAAGAUGAGAAGAGGCUACUACUGGCAAAACAGGCUGGUGGAAAUCCAUGGCACCAGUUUGUAGAAAACAACUUAAUACUAAAAAUGGGUCCAGUAGAUAAAAGAAAGGGAUUGUUUGCUCGUCGGCGCCAAUUAUUGCUCACUGAAGGGCCCCAUCUCUAUUAUGUGGAUCCUGUCAACAAAGUUCUGAAAGGAGAAAUUCCAUGGUCACUAGAGCUACGACCAGAAGCCAAGAAUUUUAAGACCUUUUUUGUUCAUACAGAUGAAACAGGUGCCUAUUUAAUAGACAGAGACCCGACCUACUUUGGGCCAGUGCUGAACUAUCUCAGACAUGGAAAACUCGUUAUUAACAAGGACCUAGCAGAGGAAGGUGUACUAGAAGAAGCUGAAUUCUACAACAUCACAUCACUUAUAAAAUUGGUAAAGGACAAAAUAAGAGAGAGAGACAGCAAAAUCUCACAGGUGCCAGUCAAACACGUGUACAGGGUGCUGCAGUGUCAGGAGGAGGAGCUCACUCAAAUGGUCUCCACUAUGUCCGAUGGCUGGAAAUUUGAACAGUUGGUCAGUAUUGGUUCUUCCUAUAACUAUGGAAAUGAAGAUCAGGCUGAAUUUCUGUGUGUUGUCUCGAAGGAGCUACAUAAUACCCCCUACGGCACAACCAGCGAGCCCAGUGAAAAAGCAAAGAGCGAGGAUGAAGAGACGGAUUACGAUAUGAAUGACUCAGAUUAAGUGUAAAUGUCAUGAUUUUGCAAGAGCGAGGUUCCAGGAUGUGAAGAACAUAUUGAGCACUGAAGAAUAUUUCUUUUAUUCCAAGAUGCAGUGAAUUGUCACAUUGAAGAGGCUUAGCUGUGAGAGGAAGAAAUCUGCUUUAGAAAAUUUUCUAUUGAUCUGGGUUGAACCAUUUUUGCCUAUAAGCUGGUAUAGACUGAAUUUGCUGGCUGAAAACAUCACAAGAUUAUUGAAUGGGAAUAGAUGAUGUGAGAGAGUGUGUUAAUCUUGGUUCUAGUGCACGAUUGUAGUCUCUCAUGGGCUGAAUUAUAUUGGUCACAUAGAAAGAAACAAUCAUACACUCAUAUUUUCCUCUGAGACAUGUAGCACUUACACCUGGUGCUGGAUGAUCCAAUGUUGAUCAGUUUGAAAUGAUUUUGGUAUUAAUAAUUGCAAACAGUUAAAGGACACUGUAUUUGGUGCUACAUAUAUAUUACAGCCCAUAAAUGCAAAUAUUUGGGCCUACGUAGUUGGUUUUUGAAUCAAUGACAGCCCCAGUUUACUGUCUUAUACUGCACAUUCCUUAUGGCUCAGUGACACAUUUUCUAUUAGGUAAGAAUGGUGUAGGAGAUGAAGUGAAACUACCUUGUAAAAAGUUACACCCCAGACAAAAGAUUCCCAUAAAGAAUGGGUGUAAAAUACUGACUGGGUUGAUGGCUUAUUUUAAUAGUCAAAGGGAAUACUAAACUUGGAGAAAAUGUCUUUUUGUCUGAGUCAUCUCUGAUGUUUCUCCUGUCAAAAUAACUUCCUCCUGCAGAAGAUAAGCUCCAGUCUUAGCCAAAUGUUUGAAAGGAAAAUCAAAAUUUCUUAAAUUGUCACAACUGAACAUCUUGUCUCUUUUGAAAUGUUUGUUGCUAACCAAAUGUUUAGUUGUACAUUUUAGAAAUGCCUACAAGUGUCAAGCUCCUCUUGGAUUUUGUUGGGUAUUUUUAAGAGCUGGAGUUUGUGAAGCUACAUGGCUGGAUAGUGUUAGAUUCUGAUCUCAGUGAAUGGGUUUAAAGUUACCCUAAGAGCGAACACAAGCUCACCCAAUUAAAAAUCUGAAUUAAUUGCUUUGAAUUUUCAGGAUGUUUACAGUCCAUCUCUCUACAUUGUUUCAACUAUGCAGUUCUUUAUGAUGAUUAUAAGAAUGCUGCCUGAAAACAUUUUCACACAGCUGUAUUAGGACAGGCCUGUGGUAAAUGUUAACACAAGACUGGAGCUUUUUAGUGCAUUGUGUUUUAAACAAAACCAGUAGCAUGACUUUUUUUGAAACAGAUGUAACUAAAUUGAUUGCGUAAAACUCUCAAUUCUUGCAGCUUCAUUGGCUUGCGUAGCUCUAGGUGGAGCAGUGGAUGGGAGUUUAAACAGGAUUAUCCAAGAUGGUCUGGAAUUCUAAAAGCCUUUUAAACUGUUUCAUUAAAUAACUUGAGAAUUUUUGCAUAUACCAUAUCCUCUACCAGUAAAAUGUGUAAUCCUCCACAUGAAAACCAGUUUCUCAAGCAUCUUGGGUCUAUCUAUAUUUUUUAAGACUUAUUGUACAAUGAUAAGUUUGGCAUAAACAGUUUGUAAAACCAUUUCUACAAAGCAGGUUAUGCAGUGGGCUAAACGUUUUGUCCGUGCAUCUACUGCUUGACAGGGUUUGUAAAGCAUUUUGCCAUUUGGAUGCGGUCUGCUGGCCCCUCCACAAUACCACGUUAAUAUGUUUGUCUUUUUUUAAGAUGUUAGGACCUAACUGAAUUUACUAAAAUGUAAUUAUUCUGUAGGGAAAAAUGUUUAUACUUUUAUACUUUUUUUUUUUAGGCAUCCAUAUUUUAUCAGCCUGAAGUUAAUGCCUAAAUUUCCUCUAAAUAGUAACAGAUAAUCUUGUGUAUCUAAAGAUAAGCAUAGCGGUUGUUUGUCUUAAAAUGCAUACCAUAGCAUUUCCUCUGCUGAAAAAGUCACUGUGUUUAAGCAGCUUGACAUGACCCAUGUUCUUCAGGUUCCGGGGCUCAUGGAAUUGUGGCCUUUAAGGCUUCCUAUUUUCCUGCUGUGCUCUACAGAGUAAAUUCAGCAUUGGAUUAAAUGGCUUUUAAUGCCUUAUAAUUAUUAAAAAUGUAUAUUGAUAUCAUUCCAAAAUCUGCAUUUUUGUGUGUUGUCUUCUGUUGUUAAAAGAAGGCAGAAGACUGGAUUUUCAUAAACUACCUGAGAUCCUUAAGGAUUGCAGAAGCAAAACAUGAGUAAGAAACUGAGCAAAUUGAAACAACUUGGAGGAUAUAUAUGAAAAGGGCCACUUUUAGAGAGUGGCAUUUUCACUGGAAUACUUUAUGGUUUAAUAAAUUUGCUUUUUAUUUUUUUUGAUGGGAUUAUCUGCACCCUGGUUUACAUUGUCCCUUGUAGUAGCAAAAAUGAUUUUGGGGAAAUGUUUGAAUCAUUAACAUUUUGCACUUUCUCUGUCUCAUACCUCACAGAGCUAUUGUCUCUCACUUCAGCAAAAAAAAUUAUAAAUUAUUAGGCUAAUAUCUGGUAAAUGAUUUUGCAAGCUGCUGUAACAGACUUUGUCAACUAAUCUUCUGUUCUUGCUGUUACCCUUAUUAAUUUCAUAUUUCUUUAACAUCUGAGACAUUCACUUAGGUGCAUGUACAGUAGAACCUCAGAGUUAAGAAAACCUUGGGAAUGGAGGUUGUUCAUAACUCUGAAAUGUUCGUAACUCUGAACAAAACAUAAUGGUUGUUCUUUCAAAAGUUUACAACUGAACAUUGACUUAAUACGGCUUUGAAACUUUACUAUGCAGAAGAAAAAUGCUAUUUUCAACCAUCUUAAUUUAAAUUAAACAAGCACAGAGACAGUUUCUUUACGUUGUCAAAUCUUUUUUUUAAACCUUCCCUUUAUUUUUUUUAAUAGUUUACAUUUAACACAGUACUGUACUGUCUUGUUUUUGCUUUGUUUUUUGUCUCUGCUGUUGCCUUUGCCUGAUUGCAUGCUUCCGGUUCCAAAUGAGGAGCGUGGUUGACUGAUCAGUUUGUAACUCUGGUAUUCAUAGCUCUGAGGUUCUACUGUACUAUCGAAUUCUUUUCCUAAAGCCCCAGGAGUUUCCCUCUACUAAAAUUUGGUUUCUUUUUGUAUUGAAAUCUGGUAACUUAGAAUAAGGUUAGCUACACUAGCAAGAGGUAGACAGGAUGGUCAGGUCAGACUCUUUGAAUUAGUAAGCUACUUUAUCAAUUGAUGAAAACAGUAUUACAGCCUAAGAUUUUAAAUCAUAAGCAUGGGUAGGUUAUAGCAGAAGAGAAUGAGGGUACGCUAGAUCAAGGCAGACAAACAAUUAAAGUGGCUUUUCAUACAAGAGAUAAUUUGUCUGUCUUGAGUCUGUUAAUUACAGUCUUGUGAAACAGUCUGGUGUUUGGGGGCAUAGCUUCCUGAGGAGUGGGGGAGAAUGUUAGUACGGUUGUGUAUUCACUAGCGACGUUAAAGCGCUUCCACGGUAGUGCAACAGCACCAGUUGCACUGUGUAGUUGCAGCACCAGUGAGGGGAGUAGCCCCCAGCGCUGGUGCGCGGUCUACACUGCCACUUUACAGCACUCGGGAGGUGUUUUUUCAAACCCCUGAGCGAGAAAGUUGGAACGCUGUAAAAUGGCAGUGUAGACAAGGCCUAUGAGAUGGGCCUUUUCCUGCAAGUAGAAACCCAUCAAAAGAGCCAGCAGUUUGGGUGGCAUUCAUGGAGGGUGGGGUGGAGAGAAUCUCUUUGAAUUUCAUUUGCACCUAUUUGAUUUACUCCCUCCAUAUCACAAACCUUCCCCUUCCCAGGAGAUGUGAAUGCAGCUCUUUCAAAUUACUGCUGUUCUUCAGUCCGCCCUUGCAUCUGGGGUCUUAGGAAAGAGGGUUUCUUUUCUUGAGCAGCAUCCCUGUUGGCUCAGCAACCUGGGACUAGAACUGCUGAUGAGCAGCAGCUGAAAGUGUCCAAUUGCUUAGCAGAAAGCGAUUUUGAAAUAUGUAAGUCCCUAAGUUGCUCCGUUUGUUUUUGUGUAUUUUAAUUUGCAUCUGUUUCCUGUUUUAGGGACCAUCUCAGGAUCCCAGUUAGAUCUAUGUGUGUAAAAUAGGGGACUCAGGAACAGAGUGAAUCCCAUCAGUAUUCACUUAAAUGUGCAGGAGACUCUUCAAACUCCCUUCGAAGGUAACUGGUAGUAUCUUGUGGCUCACCGCAAAAGGCAACUGUCUUUAAAGGCUUAUUGCCAAAUAGACACUUUAAAGGGCUAAAUCUUCCACGCUUUAUUGUUCAGUUUGCCUAAGGUAACUAUCCCAGACAGAAAAUAUGUCUGAAUUCAAAGCAUUGAGAAUUCCAAGGGCUAAUACCUCCCAGGGCUAAUUUGAAGUUCCAGAUAAACAUGCAUAAAUAUUUUUAAAGACCAGCUAUUGCAUUUUUCUUACAUCUUACAAACUCUGAACAUCCAUAUUAGAAACAUUAUGAGCCAAUCACAAAUAGCAGAUCUUUGAUUUUUGUUACACUCCAGCCUCCAUCUGGGUAGGACUGCAAGUGCAGAAGACAGCACAAUCAUCUGUCACUCUCUUGUGUAAAUAUUGAAACCUAACAGCUUCUGUUAAUAGAACUGGGAAUAAGGAGACUUUGGGAACGUUCUCCUUCCUCAGGAAAUAGUCAUAGGUUAUUCCAUUGCAAAUUAGCUUCCCUUUACUUUAGCUAAGUCUAACAAGGAAUACACUCUUGUAAAACUCAGCUAGUAACACUGUUGCAAAUGCAGCUGUCAAUGAAUAUUCAAAGGGCUCUUAUUAGGAUAUUAGUGAUAGUUACAUUGACUGCCAUGGAGAGAGAGAAAUCUACAUUAUAGUGUAGAAAGCUACCUUAUUACUUCUGGGUGAUGUCACGCUUUUACUGUAACACUUCUGUAGACAGUGCUCUCCCUCAGAAGUUAAAGGACUAAAGGCUAUUGAUCUUAAAUUUUGACCCACCUUAACAAUGGUCUCAUCUCCAAGGCUUGGUCUUCUGGAAUCUAGUGGCUGAUGUAUUUGUGUGCCUGGCUCAUGCUCCAUUUGCAGAUUUUUUUUUUUUUUCCAAAAUCUUAUGCUCAGUUAACCUAAAGUAAACUUGGCCCACGUGUGUUUGCCAGGAAAGAGCAAGUGCCUAUGCACUAUAGGCCAAAUAGUGCCAACCUGACUACUAGGAACUGAAUCAAGACCACAGAACCAUUUUCUUUAUCACUGAACAGAUAUCAGAGGGCAACUACUUUCAGCCACUGCUGACUUGAGCCCGAUUUGAACCUGGGUUUGAAAAUCUUCAUUUCCAAUGGGCUGUCCAGGUCUCCUUUACCCAAUUCACCAGUUUUAUUGGUGGUCUGACAGUAAGUUGUGCAUCAGCUGUUUGUGUUAGGGCCCAGGAGGACAUACUUGCAAUGUUUUAUUUCCUGGAUAGUGGAUUAGCAAUAACAGUUUCCUUUUGUGCCAGUUCAUUAUCUCUGAAGUGUUCUUAUUGCAGCAAAGUUUGAAUUCUGACAUGGCUUUAAUGCUUUUGCAUGAGCCAAGAUGAUUAGCAUAGAAAUUGACAUGGAGCUGAAUCCAGAAAGUUCCCUGGAUAAACCUCUAGUAGGGCUUCCCAACUUGUUUUAAGGUAGAUGCAGUUACCCAUAAUUUUUAGAUCAAAUAUACAACUAAAACAUGAAUGGGUAUUUUUAACCUCCUUUUCGUAACACUAGUUUAUUGUAAAAUGCAUGAAAUAAACCUGUUUUUCCCUUUUAA